AUUUUGAGGGGGUUUCCUCUUUUAAGGAUGAUCGUAUUAACUAAAAAGUUCACAUGUCUAUUUACAAAACACUAUUAAUUGUCCAUAUAAUAUAUUGUUAUUAUGCAGUGAAAAAUGUUAGCACACAAAUGAAAAAUAAAGAGUGAUGUAAUAUAUAAUAUAUAGAAUAAUAUAAGAAAUAAUUGUAUAAAUUAGUGUGAACAAGGUUAUGGAACUUCGUACUUUGCAUUGGAUUUUAUAAAAAGCACAUCAGUAUUUUAAAAUUGCUGUUAUAUUUUUUGAGUUAGACAUGGAAAAGGUCAUUGUAAGAAGAAGCAAUAGAAACACAGCUGCCUUAAAGGUAAUCAGCCCUGAUAACGCUAAAUCUAAGUCUGCUUAUGCAGAAUUAUUUCGUGUCGUGCUACAAAUACCCGAAAAAGAUGUACAAGAUCGUAUAUUGGCCGCAGUUAAUGGAAAAGCAUCCAACGCACAGAUUAUACAUGCUAUGUGCCCAAAUUGUAAAAAGACAUUUGGUAAUAGUAACGAUCCCGGCAAGGAAAUAGCCACACAAACGGAUAUUGCCGAAAUAAUUUCAGUAUCAAAAAAUAAGGCAACUAAGAUAAUAACACCACCACCACCUCAGACGUCACAGAAUCGCUCACAUUCAAGCAAUGGUGCUAAUAGUGUAGAGAUAAGCUCGACAAUUUCGCGAAGAACAGUGAUUUUCACAACAGUACCAGUAGAUCAUGCGAUAGCACAACAAUCAAGCAUCAUUAACGCCAUUGAAUCCAUUGAGCCUAUGGAAGAUCAAAUAGCUCAAGUUGAGGAACCCACAAAUGUACCAGUGAAGAAGAAACGGAAACGAAAAGUAUGUUUGCCACAAGUGGUUAAACGAUCACACGCCCAAAUGGCACAUACGCAACUGCAACCCAAACUAAAGGCGAGAAAAAUUGAUAAGAGCAUGGACCUAGGUCAAAAGCCGUUGAAUGAAUUAAUUAAAAGAAACCGUAGUGACUCGAUGAUAUCGCUUGCCUCCGACAUUUUAAAUUUUGAUAUGUAUUCUGAUCCGCCGGAACUACAUAAAACGAAAGAAGAACAUAUUAUGCGCCUAAUGGCUGCAGAAUGCUCAGAUGCGGACAUACGUAUAGAUGGAUUGCUUGCUAUACAUCGCACCAUUGUUGUUAAUGACUUGCUUGCAUUGCGGAGACAAAUAUUCGUUUGGAAGAAACUUAAGCAAGUCGACGAUCUAAACACCUUACUCACCGACGAUGACGAAAACUGUCUGCAGUUAGCAAUCGUGCAAGAUUGUUUCCCAAAAAUAAUCGAGGUUCUAUUAAAUGAGGGUUUAAACGUCAAUGAAAUCGAUGACCAAUCCAACACCUGUGUUCAUUUAGCAGUACUCAACGAAAUCGACGAUGACUCUUUAAUUUUGUUAUUUAAAAAAAUUGAUCUGAACCUAUUGCUGCACUUAAAUGAUGAUGGUUACACGCCGCUGCAUAUGGCAGUGCGUGCCAAUGGUUACUUACGCGCAGAAAUCAUAUUAAAUGAAAUAGAUAGACGACUUUUAGGGGAACCUUCAUUUAAGCGUAAUUCUAAGGUGUUAACAUCCGAAGCUGAAUUUCAUAAAUAUUACGAAGAAGCUUGUAAAAAACUAGAAAAAAAUUAUAGCAAUACAACAAGAAGCGCACAACCAAAGUUGAAAAAGAAAUUUUUGGAGAUGGGCGAUCGGAAAAGUGGGAAUACUGCGUUAUUUUUUGCAAUUGAAAAUAAAUUGGAACAUUUUAUCUUCUUCUUAUUGGCACAUCUUACUGAUCCUCGUGUUAUGAAUUUUAGCGGUCAAGAUGCAAAAUCGUAUUACACUGAAUUCGGCAAAAUGCUACAGAUCAGUUUAAAAGUGGAUAACGCCAUGGAAAGUGUGGUGACAAUACUGGGUUGAGGAUAAAAAAAUAUAUCAGAUAUAGAAAAUUGUAUAUUAGUUUACUGUUUAAAAAUUGAAAAAUCCAAUUUAUUUACGAAAAAAUAUAUCAGAUAUAGAAAAUUGUAUAUUAAUUUACGUUACAAAAAUUGAGAAAUCUAAUUUACCAAAAACUUGAA